AUGAGCCAUUCGUUUUUACUGAAAAUUGCGCACCAUGAGAACUCGCGACCUCAUUCGCGUGCACAACCGCGUGCACAGCCGCCUGCACCCGUUUUGCCGUAUCCGCCGGCGUUUCACACCAACCAGGUGCCUCUGCCUCUGAUAUCUCCGGUUAAACUGAUUCCACCCCUAGGAUCUAAAUCAGUCCCAGCUAGGAGAAAACCUGUUCCCGAUACGUUCGACUUCGACAUCCCUACUACACCUGAGCCCAAGGCCACGCUGGAGUUCCGCAAAAUGACCAUAGAAGGCCCAGACCAACAGACGUGUUCACCGCUAAAACUGGAGCGCCAUGCGAGCUACUCGUCACUGUUGAGUACCUCUCAGAGACCGGUACAAGACUCAGAUACUACCUCGCUUGUUUCACGAAAAUCCCAUUCCUUGCACAGAUCCUCAGCCAGCAUGUCCAUCGGCGUGUUUUCGCCCAGCAUGUCUGUGAACACGUUUUCGUCCGGGCGCGGUGAUGCGCGGUCUAUGGUAUCACAGCCUGGGACGAUCUCAUCGGUCCGGCAGCAGAUUGUGCUCCGACCAGGAGAGGGCGAACAGUCAGUCUAUGUCGCCACGUUGCGAGCCAGAGCGAGUAGCUCCAGCGUUUCCAGCACGUCAGCCAAGUUUGAGCUUCCCGUGGGCAUCCGACCACAUCACACGCGCAAAAACAUUAAUAUAUCCAGUCGCGCGUAUCAUCCAGGGCUGAAGAAGGGCGUGGAGCUCAAGUACGGUCACUUGAAGCCGCGGUUGUUGGCUUCUGAGGUAGGUGAUGACGAUAUUAACGACGAUAUUGUAUUGGCGUACCGUGUCAAUGAAGAGGACGACCAUGACUUUGAAUUGCUCCCUGCAAAGGAUAGCGAAACAAGGUCUGUAUAUUCCGAACUGUCGAAGGGCGAGGUGAAGGCUGACUCCAUGGCAUUAGAAAAAGUCGUCACGUUAGCAUCGGAUACGUAUGAGCCAUCGUUUGCGGACUUUAACGGGAAGGCAGGCGAGACCGAUUAUGCAAACAUCACAGAGGUGGAAAAGAGCGAAAAAAAGCGGGAGAGGAGACUUGCCGUGGCGAACCCUGAUGCAUAG